AGCAAUGGAAUACGAGACCAUGACUCACAUCAUGAUCAUUAAAUUACCCGGACCGUUAACUGUUGUUGGGGAGGAGAUUUGACAAUACAGCUAUCUCUCUUGCUCCAAGUAAGACGACCCUAUGGAACCAACAGGCAUGGAAGGUCAGGCUUUGGCGGCCUGGGAGGACCAUGCUAGAUCCUGGGAUACUACUAUGGGUGAUGAGGGGAACGACUACUUCUCAGUCCUCGAAUUGCCUGCCCUGGAAAGAAUGAUCAGUGAACAACAGCGGAACCGUGCCUUCGAUCUCGCGACGGGAAAUGGCUUAGUUGCGAGAUGGCUUGCUCAAGAAGGAUUCUCUGUGGUUGCGACGGAUGGCGCAAGAGCCAUGCUGGAACAUGCAAAGGCGCGAACAGCGACCUGGUACGAAAAUGGAAGGCUGGACAAGGAACGCACGAUUUCGUUCGAACUUCUAGAUGUGACCAACAAAGAUCAGUGGGCGCAAUUUAUUGGCAGGAGUAACCUUCUGAAAGACGGAUUUGACGUGGUUGUCAUGAACAUGGGGAUUAUGGAUAUUCCUGAUCUUGAACCAUUGGCAGUAUCCUUAAAGUCCCUUUUGAAGCAAGACGGAUGUUUCGUUGCUACUGUGCUUCACCCUCUAUUCUUCACGAGUGGCGCAAGGCGCCAAAUCACAGUUCAUGAGGAUCCUGUGACUGGCCAACGCGUAAUAGAUCGGUCCAUACUUUUGAGCCAAUAUCAGAACGUUGCCCCGGCCCGGCAACUCCUAUUUUCUAAUGAUAGCGAGCAUAAGCCGCCGCUCUCAUUCCACAGGUCGUUCCAAGAUCUAUUUGCCCCAUUCUUUCGGGCAGGCCUCAUCCUUGAUGCUCUUGAGGAAGUGAACUUCGAUGAUACCUUCCGCGAACCCUCGCGUGAAUACGCCGCUCGGAAUUUCACUGAAUUUCCUAAAAUACUCGCCUUUAGACUCAGACGUGGCUAUACAUAGGUGUCCAGACUCCUACACGAAUUCCAGGCGUUGUUUCAGUGGGUGAUCUAUUCUGGCAGCGUAACCCUCAAAGGACUUUUUUGAUGGUUGGAUCAGAUCCCCUUUGCAAUAAAACAACGGUAGAUAUAACUCUAAUAUAUGCAUGUGUUAUAUAUUGAGGUCUUAG